UACAAGUGUGUGAGUUUUUACCGAGAUAAUGAUGUCAGCGCAGAGACCGUCUCCCCCGGGGCUGGGCCUGUACAGCCACUAUCCCGACACCCGCUACCUGUACCCACCCAUGUACUAUCCCCAGGGUGACCUGAGUCAGGCGUACACCCUGAGUGUCCUGGCAGACCUGGAGCGACGGGAGCAGCACCAGAAACCUCCCUACUCUUACAUAGCUCUCAUUGCAAUGGCCAUUAAGAAUUCUCCAGAAAAGAAAACCACCUUAAAUGGCAUUUACCAGUUUAUCAUGGAACGUUUCCCUUACUACCACGACAACAAGCAAGGCUGGCAGAACUCAAUCCGCCAUAAUCUCAGCCUCAAUGACUGCUUCAUCAAAGUGCCCCGUGAAAAAGGGAAACCCGGUAAAGGUAACUACUGGACGUUGGAUCCAAACUCCGAGGAAAUGUUCGAGAAUGGCAACUACAGGCGACGGAAGAGGCGUUCUAGAGUCACUACCGGCCCGGGGAAACAAACUGAGAAAACCCAGCCGACCUCUGACAGUCCGAUAUCCACAUCUGAUGAAGACGAGGAAACGUUUGAUUCCAACCUACUACAACCGGAAGUUUCACCUGUCCGUUCAGGUAACACAAAGUUUACGUGUCAGUCGAGAUUUAUCUCGUCGUGUGAUAGUAGCUACAAACAGGAGAGCUGUGAGAAAGCCGAGCAGAAACUCAUCCCAACGGAUUUGUCAGCGUUCGACGAAAGACAGGAGGGAAAGUUUGACGUGUCUCCACGCGUCAACAUGCUAGAAGGAGUGAAGCAAGAGUCCGUGUCACCUGAACGCUGUAACAAGCUUCAAGACAGUCCCCCGAAACGUCCUUUGUUUAGUAUUGAUAAUAUCAUCAGCGGUAAAAGUGUGACAAAGAAAGACUCGUCACCAGUCCUGCAGUCGUCGAUAGCAAAAGACAGACAUCCAAAAAGCAAACCGGAAUCUCCUGUCAUGAGGAAACGCGACGUGUUUGACCGCAUCCCGAGUCCGCCUCCGAAAAUCAGCGAUACCUACAAGAAAUCUCCCCACUCUACUCCCCAGUUAGCUGGACAAAGUGCUCUCUACAGACAUUUCCCUGGUUUGACCAGAAACUUGCUUCAAACUUUACCUGCGUAUCUCCCAUACGGACUGACCGCUGGUUACGGUUUCCUUCCUAACAGCGCAUUCUCAUUCGGACAAUAUAAUGUAACACGUGAUAUUGGCAAUAAUGUGGAGGGCACCCCUGUACCGUGA